UCGGGCGCGAGCCGGGGCCGCGCGGAGACAGCCAGCCGGCGGCCACUGAGGAGGCCCGCCCAGGCGACCCGCCCUCCCCGCCGCGGCACAGACUGACCGACCGACGGACGGCGCUGCCUGCCGGAGGCGCCCGGCCAUGUUCAGCCGCAGCUCUCGGAAGAGACUGUCCAGCCGCUCGUUGACCGGACUGGGGCGGAUAGAGAGAGGCCAGCCAUGUAACGCCUGUGGUGACCAGUGCCCUGGGUUUGCAGUGCAUAAAUGGAGGAAGAUCUGCCUGCACUGCAAGUGUCCCCAGGAGGAGCACAUGGUGACGGUGAUGCCCCUGGAGAUGGAGAAGACCAUCAGCAAACUCAUGUUCGACUUCCAGAGGAACUCCACGUCGGACGACGACUCGGGCUGCGCGCUGGAGGAGUAUGCCUGGGUCCCGCCGGGGCUGAAGCCCGAGCAGGUGCACCAGUAUUACAGCUGCCUGCCAGAAGAGAAAGUACCCUAUGUCAACAGCCCUGGAGAGAAACUGCAGAUCAAGGAGCUCCUGCACCAGCUCCCACCACACAACAAUGAGUUUCGAUACUGCAACUCCCUGGAUGAGGAGGAGAAGAGGGAGCUUAAGUUGUUCAGCAACCAAAGGAAACGUGAAAACCUGGGCAGAGGGAAAUUCAAACCCUUCCCUGUAACCAUGACAGGAGCCAUUUGUGAACAGUGCGGAGGCCAGAUUAAUGGCAGGGACAUCGCUGGGUUCGCGUCGCACGCUGGCCACAGGGUGUACUGGCACCCACCAUGCUACAUAUGCACCAUCUGCAAUGAGCUCCUGGUUGAUAUGAUCUACUUCUACCAAGAUGGGAAGAUCUACUGUGGCAGACACCAUGCCGAGUGCCCGAAGCCACACUGUGCAGCCUGCAAUGAGAUCAUCUUUGCAGACGAAUGCACAGAAGCAGAGGGCCGCCACUGGCACAUGAAACACUUCUGCUGCUUCGAGUGCGAGACAGUGCUGGGCGGCCAGCGCUACAUCAUGAAGGAGGGAAGGCCCUACUGUUGCCACUGCUUCGAGUCCCUGUAUGCCGAAUAUUGUGACACCUGUGCCCAACACAUAGGGAUCGACCAAGGUCAGAUGACCUACGACGGCCAGCACUGGCACGCAACCGAGACCUGCUUUUGCUGUGCUCACUGCAAGAAGUCCCUCCUGGGGCGUCCGUUCCUCCCAAAGCAGGGCCAGAUAUUCUGCUCCCGGGCCUGCAGUGCCGGCGAGGACCCCAAUGGCUCUGACUCGUCGGAUUCCGCCUUCCAGAACGCCAGAGCCAAGGAGUCCCGGCGCAGCGCCAAGAUCGGCAAGAAUAAGGGCAAGUCGGAGGAGGCCAUGCUGAACCAGCACAGCCAGCUGCAGGUCAGUUCCAACCGGCUCUCGGCCGACGUGGACCCCCUGUCGCUGCAGAUGGACCUGCUCAGCCUGUCCAGCCAGACGCCUAGCCUCAACCGGGACCCCAUCUGGAGGAGCCGCGAUGAGCCCUACCAUUACGGGAACAAGAUGGAGCAGAACCAGUCCCAGAGCCCUCUGCAGCUGCUGAGCCAGUGCAACAUCAGGACUUCCUACAGUCCAGGAGGGCAGGCGGCCGGGGCCCAGCCCGACGUGUGGCCCAAGCACUUCAGCAACCCCAAGCGGAGCUCGUCCCUGGCCAUGAAGGGACAUGGUGGCAGCUUCAUCAAGGACUGCCGGGAGGACUAUUACCCAGCGAGGCUCAGGUCUCAGGAGAGCUACAGCGAUAUGUCCAGUCAAAGCUUCAGUGAGCCCCGAGGCGGCAUCCAGGUCCCCAAGUACGAGGAGGAGGAGGAAGAGGAGGAGGAGGAGGAAGGGGGCAUUUCCACUCAGCAGUGUCGCACCCGCCGUCCCAUCAGCUCCCUGAAAUACUCAGAGGACAUGACGCCCACAGAGCAGACCCCGCGAGGCUCCAUGGAGUCGCUGGCCCUGUCUAACGCCACAGGCCUCUCUGCCAAAGGUGGUGCCAAGCGCCAGGAGCACCUGUCCCGAUUUUCCAUGCCCGACCUCAGCAAAGACUCCGGGAUGAACAUCUCUGAGAAGCUGAGCAACAUGGGCACGCUCAACUCGUCCAUGCAGUUCAGGAGCGCGGAGUCGGUGCGCAGCCUGCUCUCGGUUCAGCAUUACCAAGAGAUGGAGGGUAACCUGCACCAGCUCCGAAAACCCAUCCGGUACAGAGACCUGCAGUCCCAUGGGAGGAUGCACCAGAGCUUUGACUUUGACGGGGGCAUAGUGGGCAGCAAGCUGCCAGGGCAGGAGGGCGUGAGGAUCCAGCCCAAGAGUGAAUGCACCCGGAGGAGAACUACUUCACGCAACGACAACCGCCGCUUCUGCCCCCACCCGGUCCGGCAUUCCAGCCUAUCGCGCUCGGACAAUGCCCUCCACCUGGCCAGCGAUCGGGAGGCCAUGUCCCGGUUAAAAGAAAAGCCGUCCCUGAGAGCCAGGGAAGACUACGACCAGUUCCUGCACCAGCAGAGCUUCAAGGAGAGCCUGGGGCAGGGGACCCGGAGGGACCUGUACGGCCAGUGCCCAAGGACUGUUGCCGACCUGGCUUUGCAGAAUGCCUUUGGGGAGCGAUGGGGACCCUACUUCACUGAGUAUGACUAGUGUUCCACCUCCUCCUCGUCUUCCGAGUCUGACAACGAGGGCUACUUCCUAGGAGAACCCAUCCCCCAGCUGGUACACUCUCCUCCUCCUCUCAGUGGAUUGUGCGCAUCGAAAUGA